AGGAGCCGGCCGCGGUGACCUACUACUCGAGGGUUCUCCGCUUGGCAUCGGCGGCGGCCGCUUCAGUGCUGAAUUUACUUUUGAUCCGCGAAGACAAAAGAAGCGGAACAACAAAAAGUGCGCGAGCGUCGGGCUUACGUAUAAUGCGGUGCAGUUGUCGCCUUCGAAACGUGUGAAAGUGCUCCAUCAUCUCGAGCAAUGAAACUUCUUGUGGUUUUGCUUUUGUUCGCCGCCGCCGCAGCCGCCGUUCUUUGCUCGGCCGCCAGCGCCCCCGGCCCACUCGAAUGCGCCCCAGCGGGCGCACCAUGUGCCCGGGCCUUCAGAAACGUCGCCGCCAAGGACGCCAAGGACGAGAACGACGACGAGAUCUCCCUCGGCUCCAUCUUUAGCUCCAUUUUCGCCUUUUUCAGCGAUGGAUUCAAGAGUAUUUUUGGUGGAGAAAACGAAGAGAUUGCCCAGGAAAAAGAAUCCAAGGCGCCGCCAAAAUACACAAGAGUUCUCUACAAAAAUUGGCGUCUGGUGAAGGCGACUCCCAGGUCACAGGACCAGCUGGAUGAAAUGUACACAAUUGAGGAGGACUUUGACAAAGUGUCCUACUGGAAGCACCCGACGUUCCGCAACGAGAGCUGCGACUUCAUCGUUCCUCCAGGAAUGAUGAACGUGGUGGAAGAUUUCCUUCGAGAGCGACAAAUCAGUUAUAAAAUCGUCACGAACGACCUGCAGAAAAUGAUCGGAGCCGCAAACCCAAAAAUGAUGAAGGAGCAGCGAGACGCUAUUAUAAACGAGGUUGGCCACACGAUGACCUGGAUAAGAUACCACAGAUACUCAGAUAUUCUAAAUUACAUGGACCACUUAAAAAGGAAAUACCCUGAUAAGGUGUCUGUGAUCAAAAUUGGCAAGUCGACAAGAGGACUGUCAUUGAGGGUGCUCAAGAUCUCGACUGGCCAAGCCGAAAAUGUAACAGCAAAACCAGCCAUUUGGAUUGAUGGUGGCACACACGCUCGCGAGUGGAUUUCCCCUGCUGUGGCCACUUACAUAAUGAAGCAACUGGCCGAGUACUCGAAGACAAACCAACUAAUAGUCAACUCCUUUGACUGGUACAUCAUGCCUGUGCUCAAUCCGGACGGCUACGAGUACUCGCACACGAGUGACCGCCUGUGGCGCAAAACCCGCUCCAAGAACAAGGACGAUGGUCGGGCCCUGUGGGGCGACCUUUUCAACUUCUGCGGCGACGAUGUGGGCGUCGACCCCAACCGCAACUGGGACUUCCAGUGGAGCAAGCAAGGCGCCUCGGACAGCCCUUGCUCGGACACCUACGCCGGGCCCAAGCCAUUUUCGGAGCCCGAGGUCAAGGCGGUUGCCGACUUUUUGCUCGAUAACAUGGUGAACAUGAAAUUCUUCCUCACUCUCCACUCUUUUGGCCAAAUGUGGCUGCUGCCGUGGAGUUACACUUCUGAGAGGGUGGCCGACUUUGACGACCUUAUGAGCAUGGGAAAGAAGGCCACCGACGCGAUUGCCAAGUUCAGAGGCACCAAGUACAAGAUCGGAUCGACCACGAAGCUGCUUUACCAUUCUGCAGGCAGUGCAGAUGACUGGGCCAAAGCGGUCGCUGGAAUCAAGUAUGCAUAUACUGUCGAACUACCCGACAAAGGAGAUAGCGGAUUCCUCUUGCCUGCCAGCGAAAUCACUCCAACUGGCAAAGAAACGUUUGCUGGCAUCAAAGCAAUGACCGAGGCGUACGUGGAGAAGUAUCAUCCCAGUUGGAUGACCGCGGCCAGAAAGCCAAAACCAGCGCAGUCCUCUGCCACGAAACCAAAACCAAACCCCGCGAGUAGCCAGCCUGUGAAUGCUUCAGCGACUGGCGCCAAGAAUAAAGGCGUCGUGAAGAGAGGCCAGCCAAUACGCAUUGUCGUCGCGAAACCAAAUGCCAAUAAUCAGCUAAAUAAGAGAACUGGAAACUGAAUUUGUGUGCCAACGAAAUGGACGUUGUUGCGAGUGUAAUUUAAAGAGUGUCUGAUUUUCUUAUAGUAUUAAACUGAAUCAUUUAUUUA